AUGUCCACCGAAAACAUCAUUCCAGCAACAGCAGUGAACCCCGAUGAAGACGCGAAAGAUGUCGUUGAGGAGACUCCCAAGCAACCUGAAGACGCGCUUCCCGAGCAAACAGGCGAGCCUCUUCCAGACUUCCAAGUAAUUAGCUUGAUCAUCAACUACGAUGAUGGCCUGCCGUCCGUUGAGUUAAUUACUGGGAAUGUCGACGGCUCGGAUGCGGGGGCCCAGUUGCAUUUCCGUGUGCCAGAAUACGCCAAGUACUUCACCACCUUUAAUUUUAUUGUUAGGAACCGGACUUUGAAGAAUAUCAAGUACAAACAGGUCGUGAAGAAGGCCGGAAUUCCGUUCAGGACCCGUAUGGUGGAAAUUGGGCCAGAGUUUGCUCCGAACGAUCCAAAGAACGGUCCUGCAAUCUAUAGUGUUGAUUUACCAGGCGAGGAAACCCCAGGCGGGUUUUUGGUCCGGGGCCUGUACUCUGCUCACUCAACCUACUACGCCGGGCCGGAGGAAGAAAUUAUUUUGGAGAGCCCAUGGACGCUCGAGAUUGUUAAGAAAGUAAAGACCUGA